AUGCAGCCCCAGUCGGUUCUGCACAGCGGCUACUUCCACCCGCUGCUUCGCUGGCAAGUGACCACCUCCGGCACCCUCAGCGCCUUCAACCUCAUCUACCCCAUCUUUGUCACGGACGUUCCUGAUGACGUACAGCCCAUCGACAGCCUCCCGGGAGUGGCCAGAUAUGGUGUGAACCGGCUGGAAGAGAUGCUGAAGCCCCUGGUGGAAGAGGGCCUGCGCUGCGUCCUGGUCUUUGGAGUCCCCAGCAGAGUCCCUAAGGACGAACGGGGCUCUGCAGCCGACUCUGAGGACUCCCCAGCCGUCGAGGCGAUCCGUUUGUUGCGCAAGACGUUCCCCAGCCUCCUGGUGGCCUGUGAUGUCUGCUUGUGUCCCUACACCUCUCACGGUCACUGUGGGCUCCUGGGCAAGAAUGGCACAUUCCAGGCCGAGGAGAGCCGCCAGCGGCUGGCAGAAGUAGCACUCGCCUAUGCCAAGGCAGGAUGUCAGGUGGUAGCCCCAUCGGACAUGAUGGACGGACGUGUGGAAGCCAUCAAGGAGGCCCUGAUGGCACAUGGACUUGGCAACAGGGUAUCAGUGAUGAGCUAUAGCGCCAAAUUUGCAUCCUGUUUCUAUGGACCUUUCCGGGACGCGGCCCAGUCAAGCCCAGCUUUUGGCGAUCGCCGCUGCUACCAGCUGCCGCCAGGAGCACGGGGCCUGGCCCUCCGAGCCGUGGCGCGGGAUGUGCGGGAAGGAGCCGACAUGCUCAUGGUAAAGCCAGGAAUGCCCUACCUGGACAUCGUGCAAGAGGUGAAGGACAAGCACCCUGAGCUCCCGCUUGCUGUGUACCACGUUUCUGGAGAGUUCGCCAUGCUGUGGCACGGAGCCCGGGCCGGGGCAUUUGAUCUCAAGGCUGCUGUGCUGGAGGCCAUGACCGCCUUUCGCCGCGCAGGUGCCGACAUCAUCAUCACCUACUACACGCCUCAGCUAUUGCAGUGGCUGAAGGAGGAGUGA